UCGAAAUCAGAAAGGCCAUGAAGCUGUCAUUUGUUAUUGGACUCGUCCUUGUUGCAGGAUCUUGCGCGCUGCCUCAGGGCAGGAUUGCCGGGGGCGAGGAUGCCGUAGCCGGGCAGCUGCCCUACCAGGCCGCCCUCUCCGUAGGCGGAAGCUACAACUGCGGCGCCGUUGUGAUUGCCAAGCGGUACGCCCUCACUGCUCUGACCUGCGUUUGCUCCGAGGGAAAGGACACAGCAUGGCCCCCCCAGCUUUUCGCGGUGACUGUCGGCUCCGUGGACCUCUACUCCGGCGGCAAGCAGGUCCGAGUGGCCGAGAUCAUCCUUAACCCGAACUACGUUACUCUGAAGUCCGGCCUGGCCCUGCUCCGCCUGGAGGAGGACCUGCCCUUCGGGGAGAACGUGGCUGCCAUUCCCCUCGCCCGGGAGACCCCGCCCCAGGGCGCAAACAUUGAGAUCUCCGGAUGGGGCAGGACCACCGAGUCGGAGGUGAACAUGCACCGCACUCUUCAGAUCGGAGAAGCCGAGGUGAUGGCCCCCCGCGAAUGCGCCCUGUCCAAGACGGAGGAAGAGCCCGUGGCGGAGAACGAACAGGUGCUGUGCCUGGGCCAUGGACGUCGCCAGGGCAUCUGCAGCGGCGACAUUGGCGGCCCGGCCGUCUUCGAAGGCGAACUGGUCGGCUUGGGUGCCCAGAUGCUCGGUGAGUGCGGUGGCAUGCUCCCGGAGCGCUUCAUUAGCAUUCCCUCAUACUACGACUGGAUUCAGGAGCAGUUGCAAUAAACACCUUUUGACUCAAUAACUUGGCCAACAGCAAAA